GCGUUUGCACGGGGCUGCGCGUGCCACGCGUGUGCACAGGGUGGAUGUGCAUGUGUUGGCGCGUGUGUGUGCAGUUUGCACGGGCGCGGAGGGGUGUGUGUGCUUCACUGCACAAGUGCGGGCGUGCAGGCGUUUGCACGCUGUGCAUGUGCACCCGCACGCAUGUGCGCAGCACCCAGCCUGCCAGCGCAUGCCAGCACUGCUCUGCCCCUUGCACAUGCGUGUGCAUACCCCGCCAGCCCGGGGCCUGCCCUGUGUCACCCGUGUCCCAGCACUGUCACCAAGGAGUUAAGGGGGAGCUGUGCCCACCCCCGGCCACGUGAUUCCUGGGGUGCGGAAGGGCAUGUGGGGCUGUGACCAUAGGGUGCGGUUGCCAUAGGGUGCUGUGCUAUAGGGUGCUGUCGCUUUAAGCUGCCCUGGCUAUAAGUGGCUGCCGGGGCUAUAAGGUAGUGUGUCCGUAAUCCCAUCUGUCCAUAAGCUGCUGGGCUAUAAGGCACCGGGGCCGUGCAGUGCAGUGUCCAUACGGUGCUGUGUGCAGUGUCUGUGCGGUGCUGUGCACUGGCAGCCAUGUGGGUCACGCUGCUGCUGCUGGCGGCCCUGGGCACGUUGGCACUGGGGCUGGUGGCCCGCCGGCUGCUGUCCCCAGCCGGCAGCCCCUUUGCCUGGCCGCCCCCGGGGCCCCCCCGGCCGCUGGUGACGGACCCGCGCGCCCGUGACAAGGUCCUGAAGCGUGGGUUCAGCGCCCGCCGGGUGCCGGCACAGCUGGACGCCGUGGUCAUCGGCAGCGGCAUGGGGGGGCUGGCGGCCGCGGGGACGCUGGCCCGGGCAGGCAAGCGGGUGCUGGUGCUGGAGCAGCACGACCAGGCCGGCGGGUGCACCCACACCUUCCAGGAGCAGGACACCGAGUUCGACGUGGGCAUCCACUACGUGGGGCAGAUGCACGAGGGCAGCAUGCUGCGCGUGGCGCUGGACCAGCUGACGGAGGGACAGCUGCGCUGGCAGCGCCUCCCCGACCCCUACGACGAGGUGGCGCUGGGCCCACGGCGCUUCCACCUCCGCUCUGGCAAAACCGCGUUUGCCGCCGCGCUGGAGGAGCAGUUCCCGGCCGAGCGCGCGGCCAUCGCCGAGUUCAUGCGCGUCUCCAAGAUGGCCUCGCGGCACGUGGCGCUGCUGGCCGUGCUGAAGCUGGUGCCGCGCUGGGUGGCCACGCUGCUGGUCCGCACCGGCCUCAUCUACCGGAUCUCGCCCGUGUUCCGCGUGGCGGCCACCAGCCACAGUGACGCGGUGGCCCGGCUGACGGCCGACCCCGACCUGCGCGCCCUGCUCAGCUACCUCUUCUAUGGCACGGCCCCGCGGGACUCCAGCUUCCUGGUGAACCUGCUGAUGGUGCAUCACUACCAGCGCGGGGCCUGGUACCCGCGAGGGGGGGCCAGCGAGAUCGCCUUCCACGCCAUCCCCCCCAUCGAGCGCGCGGGGGGCGCCGUGCUGGUGCGCGCCCCCGUCACCCGCAUCCUGGUGUCCCCCACUGGCACUGCCCAGGGGGUGGUGGUGCAGAAGGGCCCCGGCGAGGAGGAGGUGGAGAUAUUGGCACCCCUCGUCAUCUCCGACGCCGGCAUCUUCAACACCUUCGGCAAGCUGCUGCCCCCCGAGCUGCGCAGCCACCCGGGCGUCUGCGCCCGCCUGGCCAUGGUGCGGCCCAGCAUGGGCUCCUUCCUGGUGUUCGUGGGGCUGCGGGGCGGUGCGGCCGAGCUGGGGCUGCCGCCCACCAACUUCUGGAUCUACCCCCACAACGACCUGGACGACAUGAUGACCCGCUACGCGUCCCUGAGCCGCGACGAGGUCCCUGACAACCUGGCCAUGAUGUUCAUCACCUUCCCCGCCGCCAAGGACCCCACCUACGAGCAGCGGCACCCAGGCCGGUCGUGCAUGACCAUCCUGACCAUGGCGCGGUACGAGUGGUUCCAGGACUGGGCCGGCACCCGCGCCAAGCACCGCGGCCCCGACUACCAGCGCUACAAACGGGACAUCGCGCAGCGGCUGCUGGAGCGGGCGCUGCUGCGCUUCCCCCACCUGCGCGACAAGGUGGAGUUUGUGGAGGCGGCGUCGCCGCUCACCAACCAGCACUACCUGGGGGCUCCGCGGGGGGAGAUGUACGGCGCCGAGCACGACGUCACCCGCUUCACCCCGGCCGUGGUGGCCGCCAUGAGGGCCGAGACGCCUGUCAAGAACCUCUACCUGACAGGGCAGGACGUGUUCAGCUGCGGGCUGGCGGGGGCCCUGCACGGGGGGCUGCUCUGCGCCUCCAGCAUCCUGGGCCGCCUGCUCUACCUGGACCUGCUGCUCCUCAAGAAGAGGAUCAAGCGGCACCUGCGCCAGCAAGCAGCACGUGCGGCUGGGGACAGCGGCUCUGGGGACACCGGCCGUGGGGACACAGGUUGUGGGGACAGCCCCGUGGCAGGGAGCGAGCUCCCAAGCCAAUAAACCCUGACAUCCAGCUG